UGGGACCCAGGUGUCUCCAGCCCGUGGCCCAGGAAGGACACAUUUGUCCCUGAGUUGCUCGUGGUUCUGUCAGUGCGAUGCUGGGGGCCAGGGUACCAGAGAUCUCUGUCAGGCUGCGGCGUGAGCAAGCCUGUGGGGGCUGUGACUGAAGGCUGCAGUAACAUGGGGCAUCUCUUGCCUGCAUCAGUCAGCAGCUGAGUUGGCUGUUGUUGCCUCUGGGGCUUAAGGUACAGGAGCCUGGAGCAGGAAAUAAUAAAGGUCUCUUCUCGUGCCUGUAGUAGACAUGCUGGUCGUCACCUCCACGGGCAGGGAGCUGCCAGACCUGCAUGGGAGGUGCUCGGCUCUGCUGGGCUGGCAGGGAGGCACUGAGCGUGACCUGGAGAGGCACGGCUCCCACCUCCUAUGCGUCGGGGAGCUGUGGUGCGCCUUGGGCAUGUGCUACCCCUCCUGCGGGAUGUAGCAGCCAGUCCAUGUUCAGGCCCGGCUGUGGGCGUGGGGCCCCUUUCCCACGCAGCCCCUGCCUGUGGCCCUGCCUGGGAGCUUCCUGCCUCUUGUGGUUGUCUUCAGCCCAGUGCUGCAUAACCAGCAGCUUCGGCACCAGCGCUUGUGGCAGGCAUGCAUGUCAUGAGUCACCACGGUGCGGGCACCGUUGCUAGGGGCGUUUAGCACCCAGCUGCUUGCUUUGUGGAGCCUCCUCCCGCAUGUAUUUUAAGAGUCUCCCUGGGGUGCGGUGGCAGGAUGUGCAGGGAGGAAAGGCUCUGAUAGCGCAGCACCAAGCUUGGGGUGCCUCAGCCCCUGCAGCGAGCUGUGUGGGGGGUUCUGGGAUUGCUCUGGGCAGCUUGAAGGGGCUCAGCAGGCUGCCGUUAGCCUGGGGAGCUGCAUGCAGCCAAGGAGGUUGUGCAUAGCAUAACCAUGGCUGCUGUGGCCCAAGGCUGCCAUGGAGAAGCUGCAGGCAUCUGUGAUGCAUGGCUGCAGGGCGGGGGCUGCCUGCUGGCUGCCCAGCCCGAAUCUGUCCUCUGCUUGCGACCGGGGUCAUCAGGUCUCGUCACAGGCUUGUAGGGAACAGAUGCGUGAGCCCCAGCCACACUGCUUGGCCGACUCUGCCUGACCUGGCAGCCAUUGCUGCAGUCUGAUGGUGCCAUCCAUGCCCAGCAGGGUCUGCAGUUGGCAGAGCAAGCGGGAACCACACCCAGGCACCAAGGGGCCUGUGGGGAGGCAGGGGAGGUGGAUCGCAGCAUGUGCUAGGGUCCUGCGGGCUCCCCCUCAAGCCCUUCUGCCUGCGCAGGCCCCACACUGCCACAGCUCACUGAUGGGCUGGGCUGCAGGGCUGAGCACAGCAAGCGCUGCCUUUCUCCGUGGAUUUGUUACGCUCCUCAGGUGGCCUUGGGGGGCUGGGAUUCCCAGGUGCUCUGAAUGGUCUGCACCAUGCACCUGGGGCUGCCAUGCAGGGGAUCAUGUCAGGGCUGCUGCGGUGCCCAUGCCACACAGGUGGUUUGUGAUGCAACCACUGUGAGGAGCACAGCACCUCCCACCUCCACCGGGCAUCACGCUUAGCUCAGGGCCCCGGUGCCCAGCUGGAGCUGGCAUGGGCACGAGCCUGUCCGUGUUCUGGGGUGUCUUCACGGUGGGGUGUGGGCACUGGUCUCGCUGGCAGCCCAGGAGAUAGGGUGUUGUUCUGCUUGCCCAGCCUGUCAUGAUUACUGCCUGGGCAGGGAAAGGUCAUGUUAUCACAGCUCCUUUGCUGCCAUGGGGCCUGGCCAGGCCCUGCCUGUGCAGGUCUGUGGGGCCAGGGCCAGACAGGCUCCUUAUCUCUUGCCUCCGGGUGAAUCACGUCACUCCAGCUUUGCAGGCCCCAGAUAAGGGCACAGUCCUACGAGGAAGUAAAUCAUGUUUGUUUCCCGCUCUGGGCUGGCGUUGUUCUCCGUGCCAAGCCUGAUGGCUCCGGAGAGGGGAUGGGAGCAGGGCGGGGGGGCUGCAAGGAGCUGGGCCCCUUCCUCUUGCUUUGUUCUUUGGGCAGGAGCUGUCUCCGCCCUUGUUCCACACAGCUGUGGCUGUCCCCUGCGUGGCCUCCCUCCCCUGGGUCCAGCCAGCCCCCGGCUCCAGCUGGCAAGCUCCCUGCUGCUGGAGCUGCCCUGGCCCUGGGCAGAGUUAGGACCUCGAAUGCUGCUUUGGCAACAGAGGGGUGACGAGUGUCCAUGGGGCUGUGGGGGCUCCCAAGCUCACAACUCCAGGUGCUGCCCUGAAUCCCACUCACGGAGCAGGGUCUUGGGGUGCAGCCACCACUGCUCCUGCCUUCCCUGGGGAGGCACCGGAGGAUGGGCGAUGGUGGGCCCUGGGAGGUCCUGGUCCCCACAGUCCAGGAGGUCACCGGGGACUGAGAGCUCAUCUCUUGAGCUUGGCUUCUGAGCUGGGCACAUGCCCUGAGGAGCCAGGAAGGAGUCCCCAGGCCAGCGGGGCUGGAGCACCAGACAGGGGAGGCAGGGCUGCUGCUACCCUGGUGACUCCCAGCAAUGGGGCUGGGCUCACAGGACGGCGUUCAAGGCGCACUGGAGAUCCCGAGACUUAUCCCAUGUGCAACCUGCCCUGGGCCUCAUGCAUCUCAGCCUCCUGCCCACACAGGAUCUGAAUGAGGUCCCCUGCUCCCCCUGUGUCGCAGAGGACAGCCGUGUCACCUGAGGCCGGGCAGGGCAGGCCUGGCCAGGCAGCAGGAGCAAUGCCUGCGGAAGCAGGUCAGGCAGGGCCUUCUCCAGGCGAGCAGAAGGGCAGAGGGGAUGUGCCAGGCCUGCCAGGCCCCUUGGACAGGGCGGCGCUGGCUAAUUCCCUGUUUGUCACCGAAUGCAGGUGGGACGCCGGGAGGACAGGGGCUGUUGGUACCUGUAGCCUGUGUGGGGCCCAGCCCAGCAGCUGAGAUGGAGUACGUGGAUAUGAACAAGCUGAGCUGUGGCAAGAAGACGCGGGUGGAAGGUGGCCAGCUGGGUGGUGACGAAUGGACCCGGCACGGCAGCUUCGUCAAUAAGCCCACCCGCGGCUGGUUGCACCCCGACGACAAGGUCAUGGGCCCCGGUGUCUCCUACCUCGUCAGGUAUAUGGGUUGUGUGGAAGUUCUCCAGUCCAUGAGAGCACUGGAUUUCAACACCCGAACUCAGGUCACCAGGGAGGCGAUCAGCCUGGUGUGUGAGGCAGUGCCUGGAGCCAAAGGAGCCGUGCGCAGAAGGAAGCCCUGUGGCCGCUCGCUCAACUCCAUCCUGGGCAAGAGCAACCUGAAGUUCGCUGGCAUGCCCAUCACCCUCACCAUCUCCACCAGCAGCCUCAACCUCAUGGCCUCCGACUGCAAGCAGAUCAUCGCCAACCACCACAUGCAGUCCAUCUCCUUCGCCUCUGGGGGCGACCCGGACACUGCAGAGUAUGUUGCCUAUGUUGCCAAAGACCCUGUCAAUCAGAGAGCCUGCCACAUCCUGGAGUGCCCCGAGGGCCUGGCCCAGGACGUAAUUAGCACCAUUGGGCAGGCCUUUGAGCUGCGCUUCAAGCAGUACCUAAAGAACCCCCCGAAGCUGGUGACACCCCAUGACCGGAUGGCUGGAUUCGAUGGCUCGGCCUGGGACGAGGAGGAGGAGGAGGCCACGGAUCACCAGUACUACAACGACUUCCCCGGCAAGGAACCGCCCAUUGGGGGUCUGGUAGACAUGCGGCUGCGUGACAGUGCUGGCGCAGCCCUGACACCCAACCACCUGGGGGCCACGCUGCCCGUGGGCCAGGUGUCUGGAGGCGAGUACGAGACCAGGAAGCAGCAUCCUCCCGCACAAGGAUGGGAGAAGCUCCCUGCCCCGGCCGGGGGACCCGGGCGCCCUGACCUCUUUGAUGACCCAUCCUAUGUCAACGUGCAGAACCUGGACAAGGCGCGCCAGGCCUCCGUCACCGGCCUCCCCGGCACCGCCAACGGUAGCACCCAGAGGGACCUCUUUGACAUGAAGCCAUUUGAGGAUGCUCUGCGUGUGCCGCCUCCUGUGCCUGUGGGGCUGCCGCCGGCCCAGGUGGUGGCCUCCAUGGAAGAGCAGUUGCGGCGGGAGCCCUGGUACCACGGGAAGAUGAACCGCAAGGAAGCAGAGAAGCUGCUGAAAGUGAAUGGGGACUUCCUGGUGCGCGAGAGCACCACCACGCCGGGGCAGUAUGUACUGACAGGGCUGCAGGGCGGGCAGCCCAAGCACCUACUGCUUGUGGAUCCGGAGGGAGUGGUCCGGACCAAGGAUCACCGGUUCGAGAGCGUCAGCCACCUGAUCAGCUACCAUAUGGACAAUCACCUGCCCAUCAUCUCCGCCGGCAGUGAGAUGUGCCUGCAGCAGCCGGUGGAGAGGAGACUGUGAGGGGUGUGGGGCCUCGGUGCAUGGCCCCGGCCCAGCUUGGCCCGGCCUUUCUCCCCCUGACCCCCUCCCAGCGGGGCUCUUGAACUGUCUGAGCAGCUCCGCGUGGAACCAAGAGACCUGCCCAUCGGAGCCUGCCUGUCCUCGCAGGGGAGCUCCUGCCAACCCUGUUGGAGCCUGCCUGUCCCUGCAGCGCCCUCCUCCUGGAGCUGAGGCCCCUUGGAGCAGGGCCAAGAACUGGGGCCAGCAGCCUGCUCCUGCGGGAGAAGAAGGGUUCUCCUGCCAAAGCACACGCCCUGCCCCACGGCGCUUCGCUAGCACCAAAGCCCCUGCCUGUGGCCACGGUCUGCAGACCCCAGCCAAGGCAACACCACAACCCACACGUGCACGCUCACAGGCGUCAGGGAUCCCUAAUGCCUACACGUGCACACACACACACAUGCGCACACACACUGAAGGGAGCCCCCCCACCCAUGGAGCCCUCUGCGGGAGGUAGGACUCCCAUUUCCUCCAGCCUGUCCCCCCGCCAUAGGGGACCCCUGACCUCAUCUGUCCCGUGCCCCCCUCCCCCCAGGUGCGAGGGGCUCCCCUAUGCAGGACCCUAUUGCAGGGGUUGGGCACGCCGCUCCCACAAGCAGACGGCUGGGCUGGCCGCGCACCUCUGAACGCCCCGAUCACUUUACGUAUUAACUGUGCCUUGACCCCCACAGGUCCCAGACUCUUAUGCAAAGCCGCCUGCCUGGGGGGCACAGCCCUGGCC